AGUACUGGCAACCUCCUCGGCGCUCUCCGCCUUUACGCCUGGGAUGGAGAAGCAUUUCAGCGGCACGAGGACCACGCCGGGCUUUGCGACUCCUCGCUCCAAGCGUGGCUCAUCGCCUGCUGCGCUUCUCCGUGCCGCCUGGCUGCAAUUUUCCCUCCGCCUGUUCCAGACUCCCACCCCGACAAGCGAGGCUGUUCCCGCUCCUGCAGAGGGAGCGCAGCAGGCGGAGCAGGGCGGGGGUGCCGGAGGUAGCGGCACCAGUCUUGAAGAUCUGCAAUAAGACUGUGAAGUAAUUCAUCCUUUUGUCACUGAUCAAAAUGUUAGAAGAAGAUAUUGAAGUGGCCAUCAAAGUGGUGGUGGUAGGAAAUGGGGCUGUCGGGAAGUCCAGUAUGAUCCAGAGAUAUUGCAAAGGGAUUUUUACAAAAGAUUACAAGAAAACUAUUGGAGUUGAUUUCCUGGAAAGACAAAUUCAAGUCCAUGAUGAAGAUGUACGAUUAAUGCUAUGGGACACAGCAGGUCAAGAAGAAUUUGAUGCAAUUACCAAAGCUUAUUACAGAGGAGCCCAGGCUUGCGUGCUUGUAUUUUCCACCGUUGAUAGAGACUCUUUUGAGGCAAUCCCUAACUGGAAGGAGAAAGUAGUAUCUGAAGUUGGAGAGUUACCUACAGUUCUUGUUCAGAACAAGAUUGAUCUCCUGGAUGAUUCUUGCAUAAAGAAUGAAGAAGCUGAGGCAUUGGCAAAAAAGCUAAAAUUAAGAUUCUACCGAACGUCUGUAAAGGAGGAUUUAAAUGUAACAGAAGUUUUCAGGUAUUUGGCUGAGAAGUAUCUUCAAAGACUCAAACAACAAACAGCUGAAAAUCCUGAAGUAGUACAUACGAGUAGUAACAAAAUCGGCGUUUUCAACACAGCAGGCGGAAGUCACUCUGGCCAGAAUUCUAGCAUGCUUAAUGGUGGUGACGUCAUCAGCCUUAGGCCUAACAAACAACGAACCAAGAAAAACAGAAGCCCUUUUAGCAACUGUAGCAUACCUUAAACAGAGAAGAAAAGACGGUCUGACAAAGGCGUUUCAGCUGAAGUCGGCAAGGAACACAGCUGACUGUAGCAGUCCAGUGCUUUCACAAGUGUUGGAAUCCCACAGUGAUAGUGGAUAUUGCUGUUGCAAUGAAUUAUUGUUGGUACAUAGUUAAGACUAGUGGUGGCACAGAAAUAGAACCAUUGCCCCAUGCCUUCAUUUUACAUUGAAUAGGACAACUUUCUGGUUGAAAGGUACAAUGUAUUAAAGUGUGUAACAGGUCUCACUUUUUACAGUUCAACUGAAAUUCUUAAAUCUCAGUAUCACUCAUGCUGUCUUAAGAUAAAAUAGUUUUUUCUUACUUAGCUGACCGGAUAAUUCAUUAGGAAAGUAUUUUAAAGCAGAAGUUUAUAGUUUGUUAAACUACUCCAGUGCAUAUUCUGGCAGUGUCAUAGGUGCAAUAUUUGUAUAGUUUAUUAAUUCUAACAGCAGUGUACAUCUAUAGAUAAUUCGUGAAAGGUUCAGGCUAAAGAUAAGCAGGUACUCUAUUCAAUUAUGUAGUCCUGAUAACCUAACUACUAAAGCGGCAUCGACCUUUCCAAAAUGGUACUGAUUAAACUUCUCCCAAUAUUGUGGGCCUUAAUUUUUAAUACGAUUGUGUGCUGUGCCAAAUAAUGAAUUUUUAUGCUGCUACGCUUAAAAAUAUUUUUGUCAAAUUCAUUUAAUACACUUUCUAAAUUUUAUCCAGAUAAACAGAAGAUAAAAAGAAUAGCCAAGCCCUUCAAGUUUCCUUUUUUAAAAGAAAGAUCUACAAUUAUAUAUUCAUAUACUAUUAAUUUUUGGAAAAGAUGAUCAAAUAUUGAAGAGACUUGCUACCCAAAGAUUAAACAUUUUCAAGGAAUUUCUCCACUGCAUCUUUAAUAUCUAUUGUGAAUCCCAUGUUCAGUUAGAGGCACCUUCUUUUUUGUCAUGUUAAGAUGCACCCUAUUCUUAAUCACACUGCAUGAAUGUACGGCUGUACACUCACCUAGAAGAAAGUCUCAUGAAUUCAGUUGGGCGGAUUCUGCAUGGGCCAAAACAACGGUGUGAAAAUGGUGUAAACCCUUUUACACCGUUUUAAACCAUUUUACACCACUGUGUUUGGCCCAUGCAGAAUCCGCUUUGGUCUUACUUCAGAGUUAAUGUGCAUAGGAUUGGGUUAUGAGUCUCACAGAAAGUGAUGUAGUAUCAUAUAAUGUGUUUAGGAUCAGGAUGUUAAAACUGCAGUUCAGUGUUACAAGAUCAGUCAGUGGCAAAAUUUUAAUGUGCUUGCUUUGUCCUUUUUUAAAAGCAUUAAUUCAAGCAUGCAUUUUCAGUAUGAGUUCUGUCUACAUGUUUAAUAUUUUUGCAAUAUUUGUGUGACAAAGUUCAGCCAGCACCAAAUUGUUUGUUUCCAAAAUAUAUUAGAUCACUAAUUUCGGAGCAUAGAUAAUAUUCAACGGUAGUUCAUAUGAUGUGGCGCUGAAGCUCCCCCCAGCAUUGAUCUUUUGGUUAAAAUAUUUCUUGCUAUGAGUUUUUCUUUAAGCUAUUCUGUCAGUUGCUUUUACAAACUGUACUCACCAGAAUUGAAAUGCUGCAUUUACAUGAGAAAGUACACCUUCAUCUGACAUUGGUGUUGGAGAGGGCUUCUAACAUUCCAUGGAUUUAUAUACAAUAAAUAUCACUUGUAUACUUUUCAGAGAAA